GUGAUCUAUUCGAUGAGGGUCUGUGGUGCAGUGAUGCUGAAUUCACUUACUAUGUUCAGCGCUUUCACAGCCUCUUCCAUGUUCCUCCUGCAACAAAAAUAUUUGGUGUCGUAGGAAAUCAUGACAUUGGAUUCCAUUAUGGGAUAACACCGUAUCUUCAAGAUAGAUUCACUCGAGCUUUCAACAUGCCGUCUGUGAAACUGAUUAGUCUGAAGGGCAAUCAUUUCAUUUUGAUUAACAGCAUGGCAAUGGAAGGCGAUGGCUGCUUCCUUUGUCGUCCAGCGGAAGUUCAGAUUAACAAGAUAAUAGCUCGUCUACAGUGUACCAAGGGGAUUGGUAACUGCUCGAAAGGAAUGGCAUUGAGGCAGUAUAGUCGGCCGAUAUUAUUACAACAUUUUCCACUAUAUCGUGAAUCGGAUUCUGACUGCAAUGAGCCCGAUGAAGCGCCUGAGGACGAGAAAAAGCAGAAAUUUCGAGAAAGAUGGGAAUGUCUUUCAAAGGAGUCAAGUGAAUUCCUUCUAUUUGGAUUGAAGCCUAGAUUAGUUGUUGAUGGGCACACACAUCACGGGUGCUACACCUACCAUACAGAGAGUGACACCCAUGAGUUUACCAUACCUUCUUUCAGUUGGAGAAAUAAGGACAAUCCUUCAUUCAUGAUGGCUGUGCUCUCACCAAACAAUUACGCAGUAUCUAAGUGCUACAUUCCAAGGGAAUCAACAAUCAUCAAACUGUACAUAGGAGGAAUGUUGGUCAUUCUGGUGGCAGCCUUCUUGCUGUACCCACGCCAUAGUCGCAGAGCCCAUUUCUUCAAAAUCAGCUAAGAUCUGGUAACAAUCAAUAAUUCCAAUUAAAUAGAAACAAACUGCCCUUGAUGAUGGAGAGAAUUCCACCAAAUAUAAUGUUACUAUUCCAGUAGUAAAUUCAGACUUCAUAUCUAAUAUAAUAUAUUAUCCAUAUUACCAUUAACCAUAAUAUAUUAUCAAAGUGAAAGUCUGUUUUGCUGAAAAUGUGAUUGAGAUACAUUUAAAUUUGUGUUCUUUGAUGCUAUUUUCAAUCGAGAAUUAUAGUUCAUCUCUGUAAAUCUUGUGUUUGAUCUCAUAAUUAAUUUUAAGAACUGCGCGACCAAAGCGGGCACAACGAAUUUUGUGUUAAAGUAUGUUAAAGUAGUGUAAAGUAUUUUUCACCUUCUGUAAUAAUAUGAAAAUGGUACUGAAUUUCUCGGCUAGAUUUUAAAAAUGUGUCCUAUAUUAUAUAUUUAAAAAAAUCAUAUUUUGAGAAUUCUUUGAAAAUAUGAUUUUUAAAGAUAUAUUUAAAAUUAAAUUUGUUUUUAUCAUAAAAGAUAUGAUUUUCUUUACUAUUGAAUUUAUUGUAGAGUUAUCAAGCUCUACGUACUUUUAUUAACUUGAACUGUCAUCAACAAGCUAAAAAUAAAAAUUUACAAUA